AUGCUGCAACAGAGGGCCGCGGUCUCAUUGCGGGCGAGCCACGGCGCUCCUCGGAUCGCCAGCAAUCCAGCAUGCUCGGGCUGGCUGCCGCUGCGGCGGGCCAGCGGCAGCGCGGCGCUGCAGGCGUUUCAGUCGCACGCCGAGGCUGAUCUGGCGCCCACACAGCGGCCGCGUCCGCUGCAAAACGCAUCGGCUGCCUCGUUGGGCGUCACCGGCAGCAGCAGCAGCGGCAGCAGCAGCGGCAGCAGCAGCUUGAGCAGCAGCACCAGCAGCCUGGACGCUGGCGUGGCGGCGGCCAAUGCAGGCGCUGGCACCAGCUUCAGCUGGCGGCAGGGUGCGGCGUUGGGCGCCGCUCUCGCGGCCGCCGGCGCCGUCGGCGGCGCGGUCAUGGCGGGGCCAGCACUCGCCGGUGAGUUGGCUGCCGUGGCCAACACAGUGGCCGUCAAAAUUCCCGGCCUCAUCGGGGACAACCAAUUCGUGGAGGGCUUCGUAUCCGGAUUCCUCCUGAUAUUUUUCAGCGAGAUUGGGGACAAGACGUUUUUCAUAGCGCUGCUGCUGGCGCUCAAGGAGGACCGCAGCGCCGUGUUUGCGGGCACCUUUGGCGCGCUCGCGGUUAUGACCGUCAUCAGCGUGGCGCUCGGGCAGGUCUUCCACCAGCUGGACGAGCUGCUGCCCGCCAGCGGCGUCCCCUUUGACGAUCUGGUGGCGGUGGCGCUGCUGCUGUUCUUCGGCAUCAGCACCCUCAAGCGGCGGCGGCGCGGCCCAGCCCCGCUGCCUGGCGCCCGCCUGCGCCGCUGCCGCGGAUCUCUCGAGAGCGGCCUGGCCGGCCGGCCACGCGCCGCGCCGCGCCGCGCGGGCGCCGCCGAUGCGGACGCGCGCGCGGCCGAGGAGAAGGAGGAGGCCGGGGAGGUUGUCUCGUCCCUGGGUGUCGCCGGCACCAGCGCCCUCGUGGCCUCGACCUUCGGCCUCGUGUUUGCGGCGGAGUGGGGGGACAAAUCCUUCCUCGCGACCAUCGCGCUGGCGGCGGCCUCCGACCCCGCGGGCGUCGUCGCGGGCGCGGUCGCGGGCCACGGCCUCGCGACCGGCAUCGCGGUGGCGGGCGGGAGUGUCUUAUCCAAGUACAUCUCUGAACGCACCGCAAACUACAUUGGAGGCAGCCUCUUCCUCGUCUUCGCGGCCGCCACGGUCUUCGACAUCGUCACCGGCGCGCACGGCGGGUGA